GGGGAGGAGGGGCUGCUGCGCGGCGGGCCCGGCUGAAGGAGGCUCUCUGUGGAGCCGGGGCUUCCUCGGAGCACGUUAUGGCUGAAGCGGUCGCGGUUUCGUGUUUUACUGCUUGUUUUGUUUUGUCGAAGGGAUCCCUCCUUUGGUGCUGCCUAACCAGUGAGUCCUUUAAAUACGCCCCAGCAGUGGUCACACAGAACUGACAAACUUAAACUGAAGGAGGGAAGAUGAUGUCCUUGGAUGGACCACGGAAGACAAUCAGUAACCCGAUUAUUCCAUAUGUCGGCACAAUACUUGGUGGCCUUGUACCUGGAGAGCUGAUUAUGAUACAUGGGACUGUUCUUGAUGAUGCAGACAGGUUCCAGGUGGAUUUACAGUGUGGCAGCAGCACAAAGCCUCGAGCUGAUGUGGCGUUUCAUUUCAACCCCCGCUUCAAAAGGUCUGGCUGCAUUGUUUGCAACACACUGGAGAGGGAAAAAUGGGGCUGGGAGGAGAUCACUUACGAGAUGCCCUUUCAAAAAGGGAAGUCAUUUGAGAUUGUCAUCAUGAUUUUAAAGGAUAAAUUCCAGGUGACUGUAAACAAGAAGCACUUGCUGCUCUACAACCACAGAAUUAGCCUUGGAAGAAUAGAUACUCUUGGAAUAUAUGGCAAAGUGCAGAUCAAAACAAUAGAUUUUGUUUCUAAUUCUUUACAAGGCUCUCAGCUAUCAUCUCUAGGAGUAACAAAGAUAAACACAGAAAAUGGGGAAAUGCCAGAUGGUUCACAAUUUGGAGUUCCUUACGUUGGGAAACUUGAUACUGCGCUUCGUCCAGGAUGCACAGUUGCCAUUAAAGGAGAAGUGAAUAAAAACCCAAAGAGCUUUGUGAUAAAUCUGAAAUCAAGUGACUCAAAGGACAUUGCGUUACAUCUGAAUCCCCGAAUGAAAAAUAAAGUUUUUGUGAGAAACUCAUACCUUCAUGACAGCUGGGGAGAAGAAGAAAAGGAAGUUGCCAACUUCCCUUUCAGUCCAGGGAUGUACUUUGAGCUGAUCAUUUUCUGUGAUGCCCACCAGUUCAAAGUUGCUGUUAAUGGUGUUCACACUCUGGAGUACAAGCAUCGUUUUAAACAACUUGAAAAGAUCAAUGUAGUGGAAGUCAUGGGAGAUGUUCAAUUGUUAGAUGUGAGGAGCUGGUAGUUCUUUUCAAUCACUACUAAAAGAAUUAAACCUCUUCUAAUGACAGUGCCUCCUUGUCAAGUACAAACAGGCGCUGACUUGCGCUGAGCCUGCCUUUAUCUAUCUAGGCUUCUGCAUCUGCCUCUCUGAGUUAGGCGAGUACCAGAACUGCUAACUGUGAGAUUAAAUCCUCCUCUAGUUUACAGUAUCCUGGCAAGCUAAGUAAGUCUUUGCUCAGCUAAAUCUCUUAGCAAUAUGAAAAUGCUGCAUCAUACUGUGUUUAACAAUUGCACUUGAUAUGUUUAACUACUCAGCAUUUCUUGAUAGCAUACAUUCAGUAUUGUGAAGUAGAAACAAGACUGAAAGAGGAUCUGAAGAUAUGGUUAUCUACCCCAAAAGGGAAAUUGAUAAUUCAUUAAAAUUAUGAAAUACACUCUUCUGCUUCUUAGUUUAUAUUAGCAACUAUAACCUUUUUACUGAGGCUGGAUUAAGCAAACAGUUGACCCAUCAGUUCUAGCAAAAAACAAGAAGGAAUUUGAUCUUGCUUCUUAGCCUGCAGCUGCAGCACUACCCUCUCUGACACUUAUAAGCAGGAGGUGACAUAAGCGGUUUAAAUCAAACAUACAGCAGCACUUCUAGCUUUUAGUUUUCCAAAGUGAAACAAAUGAAAAUGAUUUAGCUGGUUCCAAUUGUGUGAACUUUUGAAAGGUUGUAUGAUCUGAAACGGCUUCUAACCGAGUUGAGAUUGCUCAGGGACUGAAGUAGAUGUUUGUGUUUUUCUUUUUUUUUUUAAAAUCUGUGAACCCAGGUAGUCCAGGCAGGGUUUCAGCCAAGAUGAGACUCAGAUACUUAUCAGUGGAAUAGAGAAUGGAUCCUUUUUCUGUCUUGUCUUGUAUUAAAAUACUACCUAUCUGAAACAAGCUGUUCCUAUUCAAUGUUUUCCAUACAAAUGUCAGUCUUAAUUUUUAUACUCAUUUUUAAAAAUAAGUUGCUACUGGCUGUCAAUACAUGCCUGAGUGAUGUUCCUGUUUAUCUUAACAGCUGCUAAAAGAGUGAAGCAAUUUCAAGAAUAAGCUGUACCCUAAAAGACUGUUUAAGAUAAAUUACCAGAUUUAAUGUAUAAAAAGCAUAAAUAAAAACAUUUGUGAACUCUG